AUGCCAGCCCCAACAGCUCCCCCAGCUGCGGCUGUCGCCGCACAAGAAGGCGAGAGUGGCAUGAAUCCAAUGCUCAAAUCCGCAGUUCAAGGGCUCGCCAUCUUCUUCGGCAUGCAAUUUGUAAUGAACAAUGUCUUGGGUAUGGGAAAGAACAAAGCAGCGAACACAACAGUGACGGAUGAAUCUGGCACCGUUAUUUCAGUGCCUGCGAACACGGCCGAAAUUCCACCAUACCACGAUCGACCCGAAUUUCUAAACGAUGGCGCAACGUGGAAUGCGGUUCCUCAGCGCAUUGCGCCUAUGUGGCCGCUGAAUAGCCCGUUGGAUAUUACGAUUGUUGUUUCGCCUACGUUUGCUAUCCAGCCGAUUUCCAAGGUCGAGAAGGAAAGGAAGAUUGUGGAAGAGGUUGCAUUUAACUAUGGCGAUUUCAAAGAGAAUCGGGUUAUUGAUACGAGUUUUGCUGUGCCGAAGGAGGUGCAAAAUAAUGGGACACUAUGGGCUCAUUUCUUUAUUGGACUUACCGGCACUGAGUUGGAUCCCCAGGCAUCUGGAUAUGACACCAGCAAAGCGUACCAUUUCGUUCAUCCCUUGACGCAGUAUAUUACUCAGAAGAAAGUAAAGAAGACGAAGAAUCUUCUUUCAGCUUCGGAAAAGAAUGAGGAGGAGGAGGAAGAGGUUCCGACUGGACCGAUUAUAACUUCACAUUAUCAUCCUAAUAUCUCAAUGUCGUUCAUCCCAGAUUCUGGAGUUAUUAGCUUUCCCCAGAUGGCGCCAGCAACACGUCAAUACCUCCGGUUGGAAGCUACGGGAGCAAGAGAUGGUACCGGACAGAAUGGAUGGUACUAUCCCAUCUUAUUUGUCAACACGUUCUGGCAACUCAAAUCCCACAUGACCACGUUGAACUCUACUGUCACUCGAUUACCGAUUCACAUCGAUUUAUACAAUCUUGCAAACUGGAAAUUCAGCAUUCUCUCGACCAUGGACGAAGGCUCGAAGCAAGCCGCCAGAAAUGCUGCCGCUGGUGUUUCCUCGCCAGGUGGUGGAGAUGGAAGCGAGUUCGAAAUGAUUAAGGAGGUCUUACUUGAUACCAAUCCAUGGCUUCUUGGCACUACGGUCAUUGUCAGUGUUUUCCAUAUGAUUUUCGAAAUGCUUGCUUUCAAGUCCGAUAUCAGCCAUUAUCGUAACAAGAAGAAUAACGUUGGCAUCUCCGUUCGCUCUAUUCUCGCCAAUGUCUUCAUGCAAGGAGUGAUCUUCUUGUACUUGAUGGACAACAAUGAAAAUACUAGUUGGAUGAUCCUCUUCAGUCAAGGCAUGGGUAUUGUGCUAGAAUUUUGGAAGAUUACAACUGUUGUCAACGUCCGUAUCCGAGACGCUCCAGGCUCUUUCAUUCCAUACCGCAUUGCUUUCGAAGACAAGCACGUGCUCUCUGAAACUGAACAAAAGACCAAGGAAUACGACGAGGUUGCAUUCAAGUACUUGUACAUGGUAGCAAUUCCUCUUUUGCUUGCUUAUGCAGGUUACUCUUUGUACUAUGAAACUCACAAAUCAUGGUACUCGUUCGUCAUCGCCACUCUCGUUGGCUCUGUCUACGCAUACGGCUUCCUUAUGAUGGUUCCAUCACUUUACAUCAAUUACCGCCUCAAGUCCGUGGCGCACAUGCCUGCAAGGGCCAUGACCUACAAGUUUCUCAACACUUUCAUCGAUGAUCUUUUCGCUUUCACGAUCAAGAUGCCUACACUACAUCGUCUGGCGACGUUGAGAGACGACGUCAUCUUCUUCGUCUACCUCUAUCAGAGCUGGAAGUAUAAAAUUGACUACACUCGUGUCAACGAAUUUGGUCAAGGUGGUGACGAUGAGGAGCUAGAAGAGAAGAUUGCGAAUAAGCCUUUGAGCGCACCUCCUGGAGCAGAUGCUAGUGUUGAGGUUGGGAGCGAGGGAGCCGCGAAGGCUGAUAAGGCUGCUGAUCAGGUUAUUGCUAAGGCGAGUGGGAGCGCCAAGAAGGGAAAUGCUACUAAGAGAAAGUAG